UAGCCAAGAAGACUGACCCGUGCAAGUCGUAUCCAUGUCGGAACAACGGGAUCUGUCUUACCAUGGGCGGACCUGACUUUGCGUGUAUUUGUGCUCCGGGAUACUCUGGCAAGUUCUGCCACAAGCGAAAUCCCUGUGCCACCAAUCCCUGUAAAAAUGGCGGCAUUUGCAAAGAAGACGCCACCAAUUCCAAGGGAUUUUCUUGUGAGUGUAAGCCGCACGAACCCUGGACCGGAGAACUCUGUGACGUAGACAGGUGCGUCAGCGUGGGCUGCAAAAAUGGAGGCUCGUGCAUUUGGAACGGCAGCGAUGGAUUUAUUUGCAAAUGCGGGCCAGGGUACCAAGGCAAGGACUGCGGCGUGGACAUGAACGAGUGUGAUAGCUGGCCUUGUUGGAACGGCGUCUGCGUCGACCUGGUCAACGGAUACAAAUGCAUCUGUGACCCUGGAUACACCGGCGUGAACUGUGACCAAGGUCCUUAGGGACCAGACCCUAACGUACUUACCGUGGAUCGAUCUAACUCCUAGGGGAUUCUCGCUAAAUUGCAAGCAACUUAAGCGGCUUAGAUGUCUGUC